CUACGCAACAACCUGUCGUUGCUCCCAGGUUUCUAGAUUAAGAUUAAGGCAAAUUACGCCAGUACAGAACCUUCAGCUCUACAACGGUAAAACCAAGCAAAGAUCAAAAAACACGUUUGGUCAAGUGAAUACAAUCAGGCAUCAGCUGCGGUGCAGCCCGUUUGCACGCCUAUCGAUAAGUGGUCGUCGCGCAACAUGAAUACUCACCAUACCACCAUUACUCCUGCAUCCUUCAACCUCCAACCACAGAUUUUGAAUGUCGUUCUGAUAAUGGCGCCAAGGAAAAGGAUCAAGGUUGUGGAGAGCAAGACGCUGGCUGUGAAACGAUCCGCAAACAACCAAAAGACCAGGUCGUCGCCAAAGCGCCAAAAGUUUGAGCCACAACCAGUCGUCGCGUCCAACCAACAGACAGACAAGCCAUUCGAACGGACUGGAAUUUUCAAGUUCCUUGAGCUAUCAGGAGAGCUCCGAAAUCAUAUAUACGAAUAUGCUGCGGAAUGGACUUAUCGGUGUUUUCCUGUCAUUUGCCAGGCUCAAAAGCCUACGCGCAGACGUUCGAGAACAUCCACCGAAGAACCCGAGAAACCAGAGUCGAAACCCAUCCCGUAUGCUGGCCUGACACAAGUCUGCAGUCAGAUACGUUCAGAAUUUCGCCCGCUCUGGCUUUCUGGACACAAGAUCCCUGUUCACGCUCUUGAGAGGUACUUCAAGAUCUUCUUACCUCCUCCACCGGCAAGGGACCGGGAGCGUUUCGACUCUUACUACAACCCUGCUGGCAAGCUACGCAUUUGGGUUCGCAAAAACGAAUUGCUUGACUAUGACGCCCUCAAAUUCGUGAAGGUCCAACGUCGGCUCCCAAACUACACUUUUGUUUUUCAAUCAGUCUCUCAUACUUCGCAUUUGUUGAUGGAGGGCUUGAUGCGAAUACUGGACAACAGGAACCCAACUUGGGUGAAGUGGAUUCGCAGUCAUGUUGUCAGCCAGAUUCGCCUAUCCCCAGAUUAUCGUAGCCCGAAUGUUCAUUCAGUACACAUUGUUGUCAAGGAACGAUAUGCUACAUCAUGGAUGAAGGUGGCUAUGCAGAUGGACGCAGAUAUCCCCAGCGGUUACCUUGCGAGUAUUGGGUUGGAUGGACUUAAGGGCUGGAGGGUUAGCUUUGGGGUAGACUAUACUUGACAGGUUAGUCCGUCGUUUGGUCUUCAUGCUCCUUUCAAGUGGGCAUUUUGGGGCAGACGAUAGUUGGAAAGCAUGGCUGUGGUCGUCAGUACAAAAACUGAUUGUCUGCAUUAAGGGAUUCGAAGUGGUUUAGAGCAGCUGAUAGAUGGAACCUUUACGAUCAUGGCGAUAGUCUAUAUCACUUUCAC